CUGAAGACAAGUCUGUGCGCGGGUUGUGUGUCCAAACGCGCUCGGUGCGACGGCGUCGGGUUUGUUUGUGUGUGUGUGUGUGUGUGUGGCUAAGCUAGUAAGCUAGCCAGUGGAGCUAGGUAGCUGUUAUUGUUUUUUUUCACGACGAGCUAAAAUGGAGGAGCUAAAAUGGAGGUUGGUUCACUGCCACUCCCGGGUCCUUGAACGUCUCGACACACUCCGACCGAGUCGUUCCUAACGUGGGUGGCAGCCAGCUGCGGUCACACCAUGAACAGUCACCAUGAGCAUGAGAGCCUCCCCGGGUCCACAUUCGGGAUCCAAGCCGAACGCUGACGCCAUAGGUGGGACGUUUACUUUGCUGCCCCUGAGCCUCAGGAGGGAGUCACGUGACUCGCCCUCGGAUGUCCCAGACAACUUCCGCUGGGCUGACAGAAUCCCGAGCAGGUCCAAGCGCUCGGAGCAGACUUACAUGAGCGGCGACGUCUCGGAGGUCGCCGAAGCAAACCGGGCCGCCGCCGCCGCCGUGGGGGUUCUUUCCCCUGUCGGACCAAUGGGGGGUGAGGGAACCCCGGUGAAAGGCAAACCCCUCUCCGUGGACAGCAUGGAAAACCCUCAGAUGGCGCAGAACAACAACACACCCAAGGAGGCCGACGGCGUCCUCAGCGCCGCGUCCAUCGAAGUGUCGUCCGAGGGCAAGUGGAAGAACCUCCGGAAGAGCCCGGCCAACCCGCACACGCAGGCCAACUGUCUGCGUCAGAUCCUGCUGCUGCAGCUAGACCUCAUCGAGCAGCAGCAACAACAGCUGCAGUCCAAGGACAAGGAGAUAGAUGAUCUCAAAGCAGACAAGGAGACGCUCCUGGCACGCAUCGAGCGCAUGGAGCGCCGCCUGCAGCUCACCAAAAAGGACCCACCCCGCGAUAAGCGCCUUUUCCAGCCCCUGGAGCCGUGGACUCCUGACAAGGAGGACAUGUGGGACCUGGAGGUGGAGGAGAGCCCGCAGCCCAAUCCAUCCGCCCUGCUGCCCCUAAGUCGAGGAGGCAAAGGUCAAAAGAGGAAAUCCUGCUUCGGGGAGUCCAAACUUCAGAAGUCGCGCGGCAAAAGCGCCAAGCUGAGUCCCCACAAGGUGGAAAGUCAGCCGGCGUCUCCGUCUCAGCGAGAGCUGCGCAGCAAGGAGACGCCGGAGAAGAGCGCCGCCCCGGGGCUGCCUUGCAAGGAGGAGGCAGACCUGAGCUGCCAGAUGGAAGACCUUCCUUUCCUGUCCACGACGGAGAUGUACCUGUGCUGCUGGAACCAACCCCCUGUGUCGCCUCUGCGCGAGACUUCCCCCAAGAAGGACGAGGAGGAGGAGGUGGCCAAUGCGUCCAACGCCCACUCCAUGAUUAACUUCCUUUUCCCGUCUUCGUGCCGCCUCUCCGUUCCGUCGUGGCGGGAAAAUUUCAUCGAGCCGUUGGGGGAGGAUUUAAACCUCGACGCGCAAGAGCCACUGGAUGACGGCGUUUUCCUCAAGCGCCACGCCAAGCUGGAACUGGACGAGAAGAGGAGGAAGAGGUGGGACAUCCAGCGGAUCCGAGAGCAGCGCAUGUUUCAGCGCCUGCAGCAGCGCAUGAACAGGAAGAAGAUCAUACCGGAGACUGAACCCGAGCUUUCAUCCUUCUACCCGGAAACUGAAGACGUUGAAGCGAUCAUGAUCACGCCCUUCUUGCCAGUGGUCGCGUUUGGUCGGCCGUUGCCCAAACUCACACAAGAGAACUUCGAUCUGCCCUGGCUGGACGAGCGUAGCCGCUGUCGCGUGGAGGUCCCCAAGAAACACACCCCCCACCGGACCUGCCGCAAGUGAAUGUCACCGGGCGGGCGACGCGGUCAUUUAGUUUGAUGCGGUUUAGUCACUAGUUGCGCGCGUGUGUGACUCCUUGUUGCUUUCCGUGCGGAAGCGAGGCGUCGCCCCCGCCCGGGCCCGCAACACAUAUCACUGUCACUGGCGUGUGGGGUGAGACAGUCAUUCCGUUCCCACCUUUUUAAAAACAUCACUGUUAUGGCACUCAGUUGACACCGUAAAUAAACUUUUCACAAAGGACAACUUUAAACCUCCCCGAGACUCCGCUUCGGGGGAAGAGAUGUCCCAAACUUAUUUGUGGUGCUGUGUAUCUUGUCGCUCAACCACCCAUUUGUGGAUAAAAGAGACGUGUGACAACUUCACACUUGAAAGCAUGUUGGGGGGGAAUGAAAGGCUGAAUCCAUUUCCUCUUGCAGUACCAGGAGGAAAAAAAAAAAACUAGACGGGUCCUAAUGUUGGCUUGAAACUUAUUCUGUUCCUUUCUUCGGUUGAGUUCUUUUGCUUUUACACUACUCGCAAAAUGUUGUGAAUAUUGGGCUUUCGGUUGCAAUUUUCAUCCAUUUUGAUGUCUUUGUGGCUCUUCCAGAAGUCUCCAUGAGGAAAAAAAAAAAUACUGACACAUUGAAUAGUUGGACAUCAAAAGUUGAGAGUUCAGAUUAAGGUCAUCUGUAAAGGUUAUGGUCCAUCCUGAAAUUUCACCUCACAUCCAUUUUUUUUGUGAGUAGUUUACAUGUGAAUUGCAUGGGUUCUAUUUAGCUGUAACAGCCCUCCGAAACAACGGUAGCAUGGCUUAACCCCUCGACGGAGGAUCGCGACGCAAGCGUCUUGGACGGAGCGGGAGAAUAUUGACACAAGUCAUAUACGUUCAACUCCCAGAAGCAGUUAGUCGACAUCAGGGGUCCAUUUUUAGAAACAAAAGUUCCUAGCUUGUAGUUCUAACAAAUUCCGCCAUGAUCAUCCCUCUCAAUGAUUUGUUUUUGUUUUUUUUCUUUUGUUUUCCUUCACAACGCAAACGGCUUCAACCGCUCUACUGUACAAGUGUGUAGAUGUUGGCUACGUCCGGAAACUGCGCUGUACAUAGCUUCCACGAAACAAAUGUACAUAAAACAUGGCUUGUUAUUUUUUUAUUAUUUAAAUGUUGAUCAUGUUGAGAACAUUCAAAAGUUCAAUGAUUGUAUGUUGACAAAUUGAAAGUUGCAUUUUUUCUUUUUGGAAUAAAAUGACCAUCUCUAUGCGCUAUG